AUGCCAGGAACUACAUUGACGACGAUUGUCGUGGAUGGAAAGGUCAACCACGAUUUCUAUGAAGCUCAUCUAGCUCUUGGGCAACAAAAGUUUGAACAGGCAAAACUUUCUUGGUAUUAUGCAAUUACAAAUAAUGUUGAUCCGGAAACAUGGCCUUCUGAGAACGUCUUGCACCUCUAUAACAACGCCGAGGAAAAUAUGGAGAGGGGUAUGCUGAUGUGGGAGGAAUUAGAACGACAGCGCUUGCAUGAGCUUUCCGAUUCGAAGAAUGAACAAAUUCAGUUGAAGAAAAUAGGAUCGAAUGGUUUACUCAAGGAUAUAUCAGCAGAUGAAGCUGCAGAGCAGGCAAUCAACACGAGUGCUCUGAUAAACCUGUUAUGGGGUACUAUACUUUACGAACGUUCAAUCAUGGAAUUCAAACUAGGUCUACCUGUCUGGCAUGAAUGUUUGGAGGUUGCUAUUGAGAAGUUUGAGCAUGCUGGAGUUUCUCCCACAGAUAUAGCUGUUAUGGCAAAGAACCACUGUUCCAAUAACAUCGCACUCGAAGGCUUGGGGUUUAAGAUCGACGAGAUAAUACAGGCAUGGAAUGAGAUGUAUGAAGCUAAAAGGUGGAAAAGCAAGAUUCAGUCACACCGACUAGAACCCUUACUUAGACGGCGGGCUCCAAAAAUUUAUCAUGCAUUGGAGCAUGCAUGAGUUGCAUAUUGUUUUGAGUGGGAUUUCCAGGGUACCAAUUGAUUGAAAGGCAUAUCUAAGUACUUGACAUUAUUUGAAGUGGGACAGGCAGUACAGCAUUAUAGUUAGGUAAGUUGAUUCUUUCUUUAGUAUGAAAAACAAUUUACUAUGACAAAAUCUGCUGCAAUUCAUAUCAUGCACCUCAAAUUUUCACUUCGGAUAUGUUUUGCUAAACUGGUUUGUGACUUUCAAUUUCAUGUUUAUUCAACUCCCAUACCAUGUUUUUGGUAAACGUAUAUAACUUGUUUCAAGCAUUUAUUUCCAGGCAUAACAUAGGAUCAUACCUU